AUGGUGCAGUCGCUGCGAGAGAAGCACCCGGCUAGCGCAGGCGAGGUACCGCAGUGGGUCCGCGAUUUCACCAUCGAUACCGCUCAGCAGCCUUCACUCACGACCGACAUCCUGGCUAGAGCUAUCCAUACAGCCGCUCGAGCCUCAGCAGCAGGGCCAUCGGGGUGGGUCACACAACAUCUGCGCGACACCUUCUUCACUGAACCUACCUGCCUCUCCCACCUGUUGGAAGUGUUCAACCAAUGGGUGGCGGGACAGGUCCUCGAGCGGGCUCGGCCGUGGCUCGCCGCAUCCAACCUAGUCGGGCUUUCCAAGCCUAAUGGCGACGUCCGGCCGGUGGCGAUCGGGGAGCAGCAGGUGAUGGAGCCGGUUACUAGGGAGUUCAAGGACCUGCUUUUCCUCAGCUAUGCAGACGAUACCUAUAUUUUGGGGCUAGCGGCUAGGAUUCUGGAGGCUUUUGGGGUGCUGCGGGAGCGGUUGGAGUGGGUAGGGCUGGAGGUGCAGGCGCACAAGUGCCGGUUUUGGGAGCGUGAGGGCAAAGAGGUGGAGCGGGCACUGCCAUUGGGGAUGCAGCGGGUGGACGAGGGUCUUACUGUGGUGGGCGUGCCUAUUGGAGAGGAGGUUUGGGAGGUGGUCCGGCUACGGGAGCAGCUUCGACAGUUGCAGGCGCCACUGCCAUGGCUCCCCUUGCUCGACCAACCCCAGAUGGCUUCACACCUCCUCGCCAUUGCAGUUUCAGCGCGGCCGAUGUACCUCGCCCGGACUAUGCCGCCGCGUCCGGAGGUGGUUGAGGCUUUUAGGGAUUGGGACAGCUGUUUAGAGGAUUGCUUUGAGCAGCUUUUCCCACCUGGCACUUGGGAGCAGGACCCCGACCGGUCUAGGCGCGCACGAAUGCAGCUGCAUCUCCCUGUGCGUCUCGGUGGGUUCGGGAUCCGGGCUGCGGCCUCUUUGAGCCCACUGUCCUAUGUUUGCGGGUGGGCGCAGGCCGCGCAGGACAUUGCACAGUUAGGGGUGGCGGGUGAGGAGGCGAUGUUUGCUGAGUACCUCACCACUUUGACAGGGGCAGAGUUUCUUGACCCGUGGUUUGUCAAGGCUCUCGAGCAGCUGCCAGCGACUAUCCGCCACGAGAUACCGGGCUUACCUCUGUGUGUAGCGGCCCCUCUUGUUCGGCUUUUCCAAGCGCGUCAGCGGCAGAUAGUUGUAGAGGAGCUCCAGGCACUGCGCCGCUUGGCUCGUGACGAUGCUACCUUGGCCCGUUUCACAUCCCUUCAGGGCCCGGGGGCAGAUGCAUGGGUUUCGGCGGUUCCGGCUCACUCAGAUCUCACAUUCACUGCGGCUGAGUGGGGCAUUGCUGCUGCUAUACGGCUCGGCCUCCCAAUUCAGCAGCUGCAGGUGGCGGGGAGGUGUGUUUGUGGCACAGCGUAUGUUGACCCAGCAGACCUGCACCAUGCCCUGAGAUGCAGGCACGAGCAUGGUCCUUCUCGGGUGCAUGAUGAGGUUAAGUUUGCGGUGGCGAAGAUCUCUAAGGCGUCGGGGGGGGUGGUGACAUUGGAGGAUAGUGUGGUGCUGCAAGGGAAGCGGCUUGAUGUGGCGGUGCGACGUCCAAUGGCUGGAGAGGCUCACGCCCUAGAGAUCAGCGUCGCGGACCCGCUAUCGCUGUCUCCAUCACGGCUGGGACAGUGCGGGCGUCAAAUAGGUGUGGCGGCAAGGGAAUGGGAGCGUCGCAAAACGAGUGAUUACGCGCCUCUGCUUGCACGCAACCGGGGCGUGCAGUUCACCCCUUUGAUAGUUGAGACGUGGGGGUGUCUCGGCGGUCGUUUUCAGCGGUGGCUUCGUCAGCAGGGGGAUGCGCACGUGGGGCUAGCUGUGUCGCGGGGGGCUUGUCGAGAGGACGACUCUGUGUUUUCGGCUUAUCUUUUAGGGUCACUGAAGGCGCUCAUCGGGGUGGCGUUACAACGUGCGUAA